AGCAGUGUGUUGACUAUUCGAAAAAACGUUCAUUAAAUUAAUGGUCAACGUGCCUCUUCAAACAAUAUUUUUGUUAUAUCAAAUUAAGGUUCCGCCUCUAGGGAAUAAUGUCCGCAUAGUUCAACCCCCCCCCCCCCCUCCCCUCACCUCAGCCAUCCCUCCCUCUUAAAACCCCUUUGCACCUGAGAGACAAGGUGCAGCUGACGGACAAAACAAAGACAGCCACACAUGCGCAUCUUUAAACCAUGGAUAACUUAGGUUUUGUAUUGAAUAUGUCAGUUAUCUUAUCAAAUGACUCCGAAACGUCUUGCAAGUUGGAUAUUUGUACCAGUAAUUCGGGACCAUAUGAAUCUGCGUUACUAGUAGACGCCUGGCUUGUGCCACUCGUCUUUGUCAUUUUUAUGAUCUUUGGAGUCUGUGGAAACUCAUUAGUUCUUUAUGUUAUAUACAAGCAUAAGAAAAUGAGGAGUGCAACAAAUGUUUACAUUGCAAGCCUGGCCACAACGGACAUUGUUUUUCUGGUUUGCUGUAUACCAUUCACUGCAAUGCUUUAUCCUUUGCCAAGUUGGGUCUUUGGGAACUUAAUGUGCAAACUGGUCAGCUACAUCCAACAGGUGUCUGCCCAAGCCACAUGCGUAACACUGACCGUGAUGAGUGUGGACCGCUGGUACGCGACAGUGUAUCCCAUCCGUUCUUUGCAGUACCGAACGCCAAGGGUAGCUGCCGCAGUCAGCCUUGGUAUAUGGAUAGGGUCAUUUCUGCUGUCCGUUCCAGUGCCUUUGUACAGCAGAACUAUGGUUGAGGAAGAACAUGGCCCUCAGGUCUUCUGCACCGAGACCUUCCCUACUGCGAUGCACAUGAACAUUUUCAUCUUGUACAACUUUCUGGCUGUGUAUCUGCUCCCCCUGUUCACCAUCUGCAUCUGUUACUUGCUCAUGCUCCACCAAAUGGGCCGUUCCUCUGUUGAGCCCAUUGACAACAACUACCAGCUGCAGGUCCUGACUGAGCGCUCGGCGGCCUUUAGGGCCCGUCUGUCACUCAUGGUCCUGGUGAUGGUGCAGCUCUUCCUGCUGUGCUGGGGCCCCAUCCAGCUCUACAUCCUGGUGCGGGCGUUCAGCCCACACUUCCAGUACAACUACUGCACCUACAAGCUGAAGAUCUGGGCACACUGCAUGUCCUACCUUAACUCCUGCAUCAACCCUGUUGUAUAUGCCUUCAUGGGGGCCCAUUUCCGCAAGGCCUUUCGGAGGACCUUCCCCUGCCUGUUUAAGCAGCGUGUGGCUGCUGCCCCACCACCACCCAACAGGAAUGCACAUACUGAGAUGCAGUAUGUGUCAUAGGAUGCCUCUACGCAACUGCCAGCAUACGUGUUGAUGAUAAUGAUGACAAUGAUAAACUAAUGGGUCAGCAGCCCUCCUACACCUACAUGUAUUUUCCAAAGAUGCGAAUACCUAUGUGACCUUAGUGAA